AUGGCUGAAGCCAGCUCGACUGAUGCGCGUUUGGUGGCAGGCUUCAUCGAGCUAUGCGAUCCCGAAGGAUUGCAGCAGUUCGCCCCGGUCAACUUUGACUGGAACCAACCGAUCGGAGACACAAGCCGACUGCCGCUGGUCAUGGCAAUUAAGCAGAGCUUAACCAGCACCGCUGCUAAGCGUCAAAAGCAGCUAGCGCUGAUCGAGUGGCUGCUACGGGUUGGCGCAGACCCCCUGCGCAAGAUGCCUGAGCACUCGAUUGGGUUUUGCAUCUACCUGCCAGAUAGAGAUGAGACGUCGGUAGACACUGCCUGCGCAGGGGAAUCGACAAUGUCAUUCAUCUUCAGCUUACUAGGAAGCCUGCGACAAGGAGCUGGUGACGCAGACUGGUCUUCAGAGUGUAAGCACCUAGAAGACGUCCUGGCCGUGAUAAAACGAGCAACAUCUGCAAAAACAGCCGCGGGUCACAAAGUUGCGGUGCAUCAGGAUGUUGUGAGCUUGUGGGAGUCACUUCGCGACUUCACUUCCACUCACAACGUGAUCUUUGAAGCGGCAGACGGGGAGGUAUCUGCUCAUGACAUGGUCCUCAUGCUUGCCUCGCCGGUCUUGCGGGCCAUGUUGGAGUCCGCGAUGAAGGAAGGCGCCAACCGACGCAUUCAGGUCAAAGACUCUUCCAGCCAGGGCGUGACCCUCUUCCUUGACAUGCUGUAUACCAGUUCUACCUGCGUCGAGACCAACUUGAAGACCAUGCUCGUCGCAUUAGAUCUUGCCCACCGAUGGCAAGUGUCACACAUUGUGGACACGCUUGCGGAGACCUUGCAGCCUGAGAUUGAUGUUGGUAGCUUUGCAGCGAUUGCAGAAGCCGCCGUGCUCAAGGGCUUAGAGUCAUUGCAACGAGCCUGUGCUGCGUUCGGCGCAAAGAACUGCGAGAUUCAGUCCAUGUUGAAGAAGAUCAGCUUCCCGCCAGCCGUGCAGAAGCUGAUGGGGGCGCCUGAGACACAGCAGCCCGAGCAAGGAACACCCAAGCGGCGUAGGUUUUAG